UGAGAUUAUGGCUGCAACAGCAAAGAGCCGGGCAAAUACCUUAAAACUAUUCUAUGGAAACGGUCCAAUAUUACCACUGUCAAUUAAACAAUGAGCGAAUAGAGACCAAGGCUGGAUUGGAGUCUUUUGGCUGAUUGCAAUGGAGGGGGCCAAACAAACCAGAGUUUCUCGUCCGCACAGAAUCAGCGAGUCAUCCAAGGUGUACAGAUUGCCCGAGCACCCAAGCACGGUGCUGCAAGGGCUGAACGAGCAGCGCCAGAAGGGGCUGUUCUGUGACAUUGUCCUGGUGGCGGAUGAGCAGCGUGUACCGGCCCACCGCAACCUUCUCGCUGUCUACAGCGACUACUUCAACUCCAUGUUUACCAUUGGCAUGCGAGAGGCUCGCCAACUGGAGGUUGAGCUGGUGGGGGCCUCUUACAUUGGCCUCAAAGCUGUCAUUGACUUUCUGUACAGCAGCGAGCUCCCGCUGGACGGGGGCAACAUUGACUAUGUGCUGGAGACGGCCCAUCUGUUGCAGGUGUGGCAGGUGGUGGACUUCUGCUGCGAGUACCUGGAGAACGAGGUGAGCGAAGAGAACUACCUGUACCUGCAGGAGCUGGCUUUCAUCUACAGCCUGGACAGGCUCGACUCGUACAUUGACAGCUUCAUCCUCUCUAACUUCGGCACCCUGUCCUUCACCCCGGACUUCCUGCAAAAUCUCAGGAUGCAGAAACUCUGCUCUUACCUGGCCAGCAACCAUGUGCAGCACGAUUGUGAACACAACCUGCUGCAGGCCGCUCUGCAGUGGCUCACCCAAAACCCUGAGAGGGAAUCGGACGCCCGCCUAGUCCUGGCCAAUAUCCACUUCCCACUCAUCUCCAUGAGUGACCUCCAACACAGGGUCAAGCCGACAGUGUGCUCCCUGCUCCCAAAGGAGGCCAACUGUGAGGCUCUGAUUGAGGAGGCCCUGGGUUACCACAGCCAGCUCAUGGCACAGCCAGUCCUGCAGAACAAACGCUCAACACUGCGUGCUGAUGCCGAUCAGCUCCUGUUCGUUGGCGGGGAAGUGUCAGAGCGCGGGGAGGAGCUGAGCGAUGAUGUUUGCUUCCUGGACCCUGCCGAAGGCCGCUGGGUGUCUGAGACUGAGAUCCCUGCCCGCCGGAGUCACCACUGCGUCACUGUGAUGGGAGGGUUCAUCUUCGUGGCAGGGGGAAGCUCAUCCCGGGACAAUGGAGGGGAUGCUGCCUCUAACGUACUCUACCGGUAUGAUCCCAGGUGCAACGAGUGGAUAAAGGGCACUCCUAUGAACCAGCGGCGCGUGGAUUUCUACCUAGGCACUAUUGCAGACCGGCUGAUUGCUGUGGGUGGACGAAAUGACAGUGGAGCGCUGUCCUCUGUGGAGGUCUACAGCCCGCAAACAGACACCUGGUCCUACGUGGCAGGACUUCCACGAUUUACCUACGGUCAUGCAGGCACGACCUCUAAAGAGUUUAUCUACAUCUCUGGGGGCCACGACUACCAGAUUGGCCCUUACAGACGGAACAUGCUUUGUUACAAUUACCGCACAGAUGUCUGGGAGGAGAAACACCCCAUGAUCAAGGGUCGGGGCUGGCACAGCAUGUGCACCCUGCAAGAACACAUCUACGCCAUUGGAGGCAGUGAUGACCAUGUGGAGACCAUGGAGCGCUUUGACAUCUUGAGUGUGGAGCGCUUCAGCCCCCAGUUUAACCAGUGGACACGAGUGGCUCCCCUGUUCCAGGCCACCAGUGAGUCCGGGGUUGCUGUUUUGGGUGGUAAAAUUUACAUCCUCGGCGGCUACAGCUGGGAGAAUACUGUUUUCUCCAAAAUGGUGCAGGUCUACGAUUUAGAGACGAAGAAAUGGACAAAGGGAGUGGACCUGCCUAAAUGCAUUGCAGGGGUGUCUGCAUGCAUCUGCAAGGUCAAACCCAGGAGCCCGGAGAAGAAGAUAAAGAUGAAAGGGCAUCAGGUCAAUGGAAGAGGAUCCAUUCAGCUUGCAAAAGAGAGAAGACUUUAACAAAGAAAAUGCUUUCUUAAUAUGUGAACAAAAAAAACGUAUCUUAAGCGUCAGGCUUACUUUUCAAGCUGUUUCAACUCCAGGUAAACAGUAUUAUGAGUGUAGGUGCUUAAUAUUAAAGAGGUAAAAUUGUAACAGGCACAAUUUUUAGUUCCUUAUAAACUGGACAGCAUUGAAUAUACAGUAUUGAAGCAGCCGUGUGCAUUAUGUAGUGCUUUCUAAUACAAAAAAAUAGACGAUUGAUCUGAAACUGUAAAAUAGCGGACAUAAUUAUCUGCACCUGCAUUACAAAAAAUAACACAAAAAAACUUUUUAAAUGUAAAAUAUGUACAGAGUAAAAUUGAAACAAAUUGAGAAAAUUCUUGGGAAUAAAACUAGUAAAAACCUCAAGUUGCAAUGUUUAAAAGCUGGAAAUAUUAUAAAUAAAGUACGAGAACUAGAAACCAUAUUAGCAGCUGAACUUGGCCACCCCUAACCACAUAGAAAAAUUCACAAAUAGUGAGUUUAGGUUGUUAGGAGGGACUGACAGGAUAGAAGAGGGUAUGUAGGUACGUAUGACAGAAUUUAUUUUGACUUUCAAAAGGCUUUUGACAUGAAAGACUCGUAAAGCACAAAUCGGUAGAAAUCCAGGGCAGUACAAGCACAUGUCUUCAUACAAAGGAACCAGAGAGAAUCUUGUUGGACCGUGUAUUGUACCCCAUGUGAUUACAUCAUGCAAAAAAUAUAAAAAUUAAAAAGCCUCAUUAUAUAAAUAAUUGACAUUCAGUUGAGGAAUAGCAAAUAACAUCAGUAACGUUUCUUCAGUGUGUUUUUGAUUUAUUUAUUUGUCAGAGGGAUGUCACAGCUUUAUACGGAAACAAACUGGUAACACUAAGGUUAAUUUGAGCAGUUUAUACUCUGCCUGGAUUUUAUGAGAGUAUUUUACAGCACUGUCUUAGAUUGCAAUCCAGGCUGUUGCCAAGUGCUGUAAAAUGAUCAACUCCCAACGUGUCUUAUCCCAGUGUGGUGUAUGUUGGUCAGUGCUGUAUUUUAUGAUUCCACUAAGCCCCUAAGCCAAUAGAGAUCUAGAAUAUCCAGAUGUUUUACCCGAUGAACAAAACUGACAAAGACUCAAAGACAUUUCACUUUGGGAGGUGUUAGGAUUUUGUGCAACAGGGCUGACGCAGGAAACAUUUGUUUAGCAGUACAGUACUUCAAUAUUAGUAAAUAUUAAACGGUUGAGGUAUUUAGCUAUACCUGCAAAAAAAAUGGCUACCUGAUUAACACAAAUUAGAUUUUGUUUUUGUUGCUAUAGUGUCAAACCAAGUUCUAAAAAGUAAGCAUAAAAAUGUCAAAGAAUCAAACAAAACUAACUCCGCCCAAAAACAUUCCAUUUAUGCAGAUAGCACAAUGCAUUGUUAAUGCUUGCAAAUAACUAUUUGUGUCUGUUGUCUGUGUGUGAGUUGUUGAUAAUUGCAUCCAAGGGUUUUUAUUUAUUUAUUUAUUAAAUAAAAACAUAGUUGGAAAAUCAUUAAUAGAUGACGUGUCGUCGCCUUGCUUAAAUUAUGACUUUUUGACUUUCAUAUGGGCUAAGCUGCAGUUAUAGUACUUAUCUAUAUAUUAUAAAACUAUAAUUGCUGCCAUGUAUAAAUUAUAUGUGUGACAGUGGUAUAACAUAAAUGUGAAGUUGAUACACCAAUAAAAAGAAUGUAUGAACAUUGUGUUAUUAUUGGCAUGACGAAUGCAACAAUGUAAACAGUAGAUAAUAUAUUUCAUUGUACACUAUUACAUAAUAU